AUGGCAGAUGUGGUAAACUGCCGUCGCUUUUUGGCAGCGUGGACACGAUACAAGGCCAAUAAGGAUCAGCAGUAUGACGGUAGUAUAAUUAUUCAGUAUCAACAAUUGGCAAUGCACUUUGAGCAGCUUCUCAAGAACAGCGACGAAUUAAAGCCUUUUGAAGCAGAUCUCACUCGAGUAGUAAGUGACAUAGCUUUGCUUCAGAGUAAUACAGAUUCUUUCAUGCCGGGCCGAGUUUUGCGAGCAUCGGAGAUCGUUAAGCUGCAAGAGGAGCGUAUGAAGUCUAUCACUGCUCUAGAUCCCCCCGAACAAGACACAUUUACCAGUGAAAUUACAGAGAAGGAGGCACUUUUACCAAAACCCAAGAUUCGCACCGACUUAAGUCAUGAUGACUUCAAAUCAAUGCUAGAGGUUGCUGCUCCACAUGAGGAAAAGCUAUCAACUAAAGCAAUUAGAAAGCGACUGGGACUAGUGGAUCGAUCGGGAGGUCAAACGAGUGCAUCCGAAACGGUAGCACGUGAAGAGCAGGAAUCCAUACAGUCGGAGAUGAUAUCACUGGCAAAGCAGCUAAAGGAUAGGACGCACACCAUUAAUCAGUCGCUUUCAGAGGAUGUAAAGAUCCUAGACGCAGUGGGACAAAGUGCAGAGCACAACACGGCACUGCUCGAUCGUGAAAAUGCUAAAUUGAAAAAGCAAUUGGCUUAUAGUAUCGGUCUAUGGACAUCCCUUUGGCUCGUGGCGAUGCUAGUCAUCGUCUUCAUCAUCACAUAUUUCUAUAUGAAGGUAUUUUCGCGACGAUUUUAA